AUGUCCUCAGCAUCGCGUUAUCAAUUGAUAUCCAGAGGAGAGGCAAAAGAAACGCCGCCGAAUCACUUGCUCGGCUCAAGAACCAAACUUUCAGGCGUUCCAGAACACUUGCAGGCGCCGCAGUAUCAGAAGUCGUGCUCAAAUCAACCCAAGAUUACGUCGCUUGAUCCGCGCUGGGGUUCAGAACAUGUAUGCCUAACGGGGUCUUUUCCCGGCAACAGCCACAAAGCGCCCAACAACGGGGCUGCAACUGCCGACGCUAUAGUUCGUAUACAAGCUACACUAUGUCUGCGUUUCAUUUCAAUCCCACUUCACAAUAGCACGCCGCUUAGCCUGUCUUGGGCGAACAGUCUAGAAGACUGGGCACUGGACAGCAGGCUAUGA